AUGAUCUCAGCUUUCAGAAGCUCGAGAGCUAUUUCAAGGAACCUUCAUGUGUUAAGGUUACCCAUUAUUUAUUUUGCUCGCCCUUCGAGGGCCUACUCGCAGCCAGCACCUACGGCACCUAAAGCAUUCAAGUCAGCCUCGUUUGCUCUACCGAAAGAGACACCGGAGUCUAAGGUGGACACUUCGAAUGUUAUUCAGGACGACAAUUUGAGGGAUUUCCAUCUCACCAAAAUCACCUCCGGUCACACCGACUUGAAAAUCGGCAUUACUGAUCGAGCAAAAGCCAAAUUGGUCCAAAUAGCUGAGGAUGACCACAACCCCAACUCGGCAUUAAGAAUACGGGUGGAAAGCGGUGGAUGCCACGGAUUCCAGUAUAAUUUGGACCUUACUGAUGUCAAGGAGGAGUUGUCUAAAGAUGAAGAUUUAGUAGUUUUCGAAAGAAGUGACGAUAAUCGUGCUCGAGUGAUUUUCGAUGAAUCAUCGUUAGAGAUCUUGCAGGAUUCGAAGGUUGAUUACACCAAGGAGCUUAUUGGAUCGUCGUUUAAAGUGGUGGACUCGCCAUACACGUCGACGUCGUGUGGAUGUGGAGCGUCGUUUGAUUUCGACUUUGAAAAGCUUGAAAGGGCCAAAGGUGGCCACUAA